AUGGAGUACCAGGGACAGCACGGUCAUGCCACUAACCAAGGCAACGAGUACGGCAACCCGGUCGCCGGCCACGGUGCCACCGGCAUGGGAGGCCACGGUGCUGCCGGCGAGCAGGUCCAGCCUAUGAGGGACGACCUCAAGACCGACGGCCUCCUGCGCCGCUCUGGCAGCUCCUACAGCUCAGGCUCGUCUGAGGAUGACGGCAUGGGCGGGAGGAGGAAGAAAGGAAUAAAGGAGAAGCUCCCCGGAGGCCACAAGGACAACAACCGGCAGGACACGGCCUCUGGGAAGCAGGGGCACGUUGGGCUGACAGCCACUGGUGGGCACGGCACCGAGGGAACCGGAGAAAAGAAGGGCCUCAUGGACAAGAUCAGUAGGUGUUCUCGCUUCUCAUAUGUGAUAUGGCGUGUACCUUUUUCUCUUUUUACAUGUGAAUCUAUGGAUUGA